CCAUUGUCCACUCUCGCCGCCCACACCCCACUCUCGAUGGCCUUCUCACUCCCGGCACCCCUCCCGGCGCCGAUUGCGCGCUCGCGCCUCAAGUCCAACCUCGGGGCCUUGGCGCUCUUUGCGUUCCUGCGCGCAAUCUUCACGCCGUACAUCUCGCUCCGCGCAGUGCUCGUCGCCCUCGUCGACAAGGUGCUCGCGCUUGCGUCGCUCCAGCGCCGUGGCAGCGCCAUGGUGUGGUGGAUUGAAACCCUCGUCACCCUCUCGCUCCUGUACAACAUCGCCGAGGCCGCCUACUGGGUGCAGCAGCCGCCCGUCCCUCCCCCCGCGCCCAAGGGCAUGGCGUUUGUGCCGAUUUCCAAGUCGUCGCCGUUGACACGAAGCUACCCCGAGCCAGCGGCUACGCCAGUGCGCUCCAGCGCGGCGCAGAGCCCGCUCGCGCAGUCCAUCUACCGCGCGUCCCCGAACCGUCCGGGCGCAGUCGGCAGCCCGGCAGUCGGAACCCCAGAGCGCCAGUCGCCGCUGUCGUCGUCGACGGCGCGCAUCCUCAACCUCGCGCAGCCGGCGCCGUCGGCCACGGGCCUCUUCUACGACGACACGUCGAGCGCGAGCCCCUCCAAGGUGGCGCGCGGCGGCCUCGGCGCCAGCACGUCGUCGGUCACCGCUGCCCCCGCCACGACGUCGACCACCAGCCGCUCCGACUUUGUCGUCGUCGAGCGCGACGAGAAGGAGUGGGUCGAUAACGUGUGGAAGGGCGUGCGCGGCAAGGGCAGGCACAUUGGGCUGUAGGUAGAUACGGCGUAUAGAGUCAGUAGAGUGAUGCGAGGUGUGUCGCGUCGCGAGAA